UUGAUACAUACUAAAAAUGGCUGGAGUUCUCUUUGAAGAUAUUUUCAAUGUAAAAGACAUGGAUCCGGAAGGUAAGAAAUUCGAUCGUGUUAGUCGAUUGCACUGCGAAUCCGAGUCCUUCAAAAUGGAUCUCAUUUUGGACAUAAACUCUUGGUUAUAUCCAAUGGAAUUGGGAGAUAAAUUCCGUCUCGUAUUGGCCACAACACUCCGAGAAGAUGGUUGCCCCGAUUCUGGCGAAUUCAAUCCACUCGAGCAAGAAGGCACUCGUGCCGACAGCUUUGAAUACGUAAUGUUUGGUAAAAUCUAUAGAAUCGAAGGAGACGAAGCACACAACGAAGCCACAAGUCGAUUGUCGGCUUAUGUGUCGUUUGGUGGACUUUUGAUGAGACUACAAGGAGAUGCAAAUAAUUUGCAUGGAUUCGAAGUCGAUCAGCAAAUGUAUUUGUUGAUGAAGAAAAUUGCGUUUUGAUUUGUGGCUUGGUUGUAUAUUAAAGUGGUUUUCUAGUUUUUAC